UGCGGAUGUAUUCGAGGCAUUACGGUAAAUUUGUUUCAACCGAACUUGGUUUUCCGUAUUGCAGUGUUUGCACCGGUUUUCACAUACAUUUGGUCCCUCCGUCGGUUUACCUGGCUUCCAGCAUUCUCCGGAUUAUUAGUUCGAAAUGGAUGCGGACAUCAGUGACUCCGCUGCCGGUAGUGUGAGCCCACCGGACUCGGAUCCGGCGCGUAAGCGAAGGGCCCACGGUAUGCUGAAGCUUUAUUACGGGUUGAACGAAGAAGGGAAGCCCGAUGAGAAGGAAUCAUUGGAUCCUUGUGACAUAAACGGGCCGCAUUUCGAUCCGGAGGUGUUCUUGAACAAGUUGAGGAAGGAGUGCUCCUUAGCAGAGCUGAUGGACCAGGAAAGCUGUAUGGUGAAGCAGAUUCGCGCUCUGGACAGUGACAUGCAGACGCUAGUCUAUGAGAAUUACAACAAGUUCAUAUCUGCCACAGACACAAUAAGGAAGAUGAAGAAUGACUUCAAGAAGAUGGAGGAUGAGAUGGACUGCUUGUCCACCAACAUGUCCGCUAUCACUGAGUUCAGUGCAUGUAUCAGUGGCACUCUACAGGACCAGCACACACAGAUUACCAAGCUAUCAGGCGUCCACAGCCUUCUGCGGAAGCUGCAGUUCCUGUUUGAGCUGCCGGCGAGGCUGAACAAGUGCCUGGAGCUGCAGGCGUACGCCCAGGCGGUGGGCUCACACCGCCGCGCUCGCUGUGUGCUCCAGCAGUACAGCCACAUGCCCUCCUUCCGCGGGAUUCAGGACGACUGCCACGCCAUCAUGGACCAGCUGGCCCAGCAGCUGCGCCAGAAGUUCAGGGAUGGGGGUUCGAGCGCCAAGGACUUGUCCGAUUGUGUGGAGCUCCUGCUGCAACUGGAUGAACCUGCAGAGGAGCUCUGUGACAAAUUCCUCAGCCAUGCCCAGUCCAGACUGGAAGCUGACCUGCUGGGUCUGGAGGCUGAGCUCCGAGAGCCACUGUCUGCCUCUGUACCAGUAACAUCAGUCGACCCUGCCAGUACUUCUGCCUCAAAACCAGCCGAUGAAGCUCCAGCAGGGUCUCCCCCGUCCACUUUACUUUCCCCAACAUCCAGGACUGACAUUCUGGAAUUCAUUGACCGAGGAUGCAAUGAAUUUGUAAGUAGCCUCUGCCUGGUUAUCGCCUCUUAUCAGGAACUGUUCGUCAACCGUCCACAAGAGGGCGACUUGGCCUCUAAAAACAUCCCCCAGAUGGCCAACGGCAAGCUCCACAGCUUCGUUGACGCGCUAGCUGCUCGGUACUUCGCCCUGGUGGAGCGCAGGAUACAGGAGGAGAAAGGGGUGGGAGAUAACUCUUUGCUCGUUCGGGCUUUGGACCGCUUCCAUCGCAGGCUUCAGGCCGUGUCCAAACUGCUUCCGGGGUCUGGGGUUCCCAGCCAGGGAACCGAGAUCGUGGUGCGGGCGGCCAGGGAGAGAAUCAGGCAGUACUUGGCCGCCCUGCAGAGCUUCUACUUGGACAGCUUGACGGACGUGAGGCAGGCGUUGGCCGCUCCUCGGCUCUCCGUGGGCGGGGCGGGAGUUUCGGGCGCCGGGGGUCUUGGAGCAGCUGUGAAAGAUGCGGCUCCCAGCCUCCCGGACCUGCUGGCUUCCCUGUCGGGAUCCAUUCUGAACCAGAUCAAGUCGGUGCUGGCCUCGGUCCAUCUCUUCACUGCAAAGGACAUCACAUUCUCUAAUAAGCCUUACUUCAAGGGGGAGUUCUGCAGUGAGGGCGUGCGGGAGGGCCUGGUGGUGAGCUUCAUAAAGUUUGUGUGCCAGUCGUCCCGGCAGUUCUGCGAGAGUGCCGGAGACCGGGGCGGCACCACGCCGCCUGCCCUCCUGCUGCUGCUCUCCCGGCUCUGCCUGGACUACGAGACCUCCACCAUCUCCUACAUCCUCACCCUCACCGACGAACAGUUCCUCGUGCAGCACCACAGUCCCGUGACUGCAGUUACAGCACUUUGUUCGGAGGCCCGUGAGGCUGCACAGAAACUGCUGAAUCACUAUGUGAAGGUCCAGGGGUUGAUCAUCUCCCAGAUGUUGAGGAAGAGUGUGGAAACGCGAGACUGGGUCAACACAAUCGAACCACGCAACGUGCGUGCAGUUAUGAAGAGGGUGGUAGAGGACACCACCUCCAUUGAUGUACAGGUAGGCUUCUUGUAUGAGGAGGGCGUGAGGAAGGCCCAUAGCAGUGACUCAAGCAAGAGGACCUUCUCUGUCUAUAGCAGCUCCAGGCAGCAAGCCCGCUAUGCUCCCAGUUAUACACCAAGUGCUCCGAUGGAUACCAACCUGCUCAGUAACAUUCAUAAACUCUUCUCUGAGAGAAUUGACAUAUUCAGCCCUGUGGAGUUCAACAAGGUCUCGGUCCUCACAGGAAUCAUUAAAAUCAGCCUGAAGACGUUCCUGGAGUGCGUGCGGCUGCGGACCUUUGGCCGCUACGGCCUGCAGCAGAUCCAGGUGGACUGCCACUACCUGCAGAUGUACCUGUGGCGCUUCGUAUCCGACGAGAACCUGGUGCACUUCCUGCUGGACGAGAUUGUGGGCAGCGCUGCCCACCGCUGCUUAGACCCCGCGCCCAUGGAGCAGAGUGUCAUUGAAGUGAUCUGCGAAAGGGGUUAGGAGCAGGACUGGGGGGUGUAGACUGAGCUUUGGCCACCCAAGGGGUGACGAUAGGAAGGGAAAGAAGGAGGCCUCUGAUGAUUCGGGUAACUUUCUUGAGUUUAGACUGAUUACUUUUAGAAAAGUUCAGGUUACUGGGGGUUACAGGGCUGUAGUUGAAGAGGACCAAUCCUGAAGUAAGGACCAGGAAAUUGACAUUGGGGGGGGAGGGGAGGAGGAGGAUGGUCAGAAAUGAUCACUGUAGACACUAAGGUCUGUAAUGUCAUUUUGGGCAAAGCUAACAGCGAUAGUUUGGGUGGGGUUGGGCUUUGUCAAAUUUAGUCAAAAAAUAUAUUUAUGUCCACCAAUGGUAAUUUAGUUAUCUCCAGGACGUCAAUACAUCUUAACCAAACCAAAAAAAAUACAAGAUACAUUCAUACAUUUAAACUAAUGACAGUUUGUUUUCUGUUUAUUCACCCUCUUGAAUAAAUAAAAAAAUAAUAUAAAUAUGAUUGUACAACAA